UCUCCUCCUUUACUAACACAUCAUUUCACCGCCUCAUGUCCCCUUUUUAGCUUCCCUCUCUCUCAUUCCUUCUUUAACUUGCCCCCCCUUUCCUCACAUCAACCGAUAAAAUCAAACGAUUCUGUCCUCACCAACACGUCAAAAUCCACAAUCUCAACCUUCAACAUCUCCUUUACGCUUCCUCAUAAAUGCUAACUUCACGUUUCACACCUCCAAGAUCACCAACAUGAUCACCAAAAACUCGCUAUUUUGCCUACCAAUAUUCUUCCUUGUUUGUUCCGGAUCAUUCUUCUCAUCAGCCUCUGCAACACCACCCGCAAAAGUUCUCAGCGGCAUUGCGUCGAACAUCUUGUCUGCACUCUUCAAAUGGGUGUGGUCUUUCAAACCCGCCACCAAAAUCGGAAUGGGUGUUUCGAGCCGUUCGAUGGUGAAAUAUGAAGGCGGGUAUGCUGUAGAGACUGUGUUUGAUGGAAGUAAGCUUGGGAUUGAGCCUUAUUCAGUGGAAGUGACUCCAUCUGGGGAGCUUGUUGUUUUGGAUUCAGAAAAUAGUAAUGUUUAUAAAGUCUCAACACCCUUGUCAAGAUAUAGCCGACCGAAGCUUUUAGCUGGUUCACAUGAAGGGUUGUUUGGUCAUGUCGACGGAAAGCCAAGAGAAUCCAGAAUGAACCACCCGAAAGGACUUACAGUAGAUGACAGAGGAAAUGUAUAUGUAGCGGACACCAUGAAUAUGGCUAUCCGGAAGAUUAGUGACUCGGGGGUUGUAACAAUAGCUGGAGGAAAUUGGGCACGGGGGACGGGUCACAUCGAUGGCCCGAGCGACAACGCAAAGUUUUCAGAUGAUUUUGAUAUAAUAUAUGUUGGUAGUAGCUGCUCUAUUUUAGUUAUUGAUAGAGGCAAUCAAGCCAUUAGAGAAAUUCAACUUCAUGAGGAAGAUUGUUCUUCAUAUCAGUAUGAUGGUGAACACCAUUUAGGGAUUGCAGUUCUUGGCGCUGCUGUGUUCUUUGGCUUCAUGCUGGCGUUGUUACAACGUAGAGUUAGUGCAAUAUUUUCAUCGCAAAGUGAUCCAAGACCUGCAAUGAACAGCCUUGCACCACCUUCAUAUCAGAGGCCCGUGAAAUCAGUAAGACCGCCUCUAAUUCCACCAGAGGACGAACACGAAAAAGAAGAAGAUGGCUUAUUCGGUUCACUUGGAAAACUUGUUAUCAAAACCUUUGGUGGUGUAUCAAGUUCCAAAAAGAACCCACCGCACCCUCAUCUUCAAACAAAUUACCUACAACCCCCUCCAUUUUCCAACACUUGGCCAAUGCAAGAAAGCUUUGUAAUUCCCCAUCACGAUGCACCCCCACCGCUCGAAACCCGAAACCCGUACCCGUUUAUGACCAAGAACGCAGAACCGUCAGAACGACCGCGUCCUUCUAAGCAGACUCGAUAUCUCAGUAGCGGACAAAGCGGUGAAUACUUUCACCAACAGCAAAUGCAACAGUUUCAAAAACAUCAACAUCGUCAACAACAUCAUCAGAAACAUUACUCAUCGGGUCCUCAAACUUAUUACGAGGAGAAGAGCGAGACAACCAACGAGGUCGUCUUUGGGGCUGUUCAAGAACAAGAUGGAAGGCAUGGAGCUGUGGUGAUUAAGGCUGUUGAUUAUAGUAACCAUCCCAAUUACGGUAACCAGAAUGUUCGAUCCAGGUAUAAUUACAUGGGUCACGCGUAUGGUACGUAUUCAUGAUAGGUUUGUUAGGUCGUCGUCUUUAGUUGUUUUGACAGUAGUAAGUAACAUGUACAAGUCUGAUCUGAUCAUAGGCAUGUUAUAGUAGAAUAGAAGUUUAAUGUUAUUCAAUAGCUGUAAAAUUUAUGGUUUUGUUCUUUAAUGCAUGUCUCGUUACUAGUCGUUA